UUGCAUAUAAUUUUGCGAUCAUUCUGUGAAAUAUUUCAAUAAGUUCAUUGUACAAAUAAUAUAAAUUUAUGUAUAAUAUAUACAAAAUUCACAAAUAUAUACUUAUAUAACCUCCUUAUCUGCUGUCAUUUUAUUAAUGGUGGAAACAAAUUAGAAACAGUACAGAGAUAUUCAAUUAUUUUUAGUUGCCUAGCCAAUCUGUUUGCUAGUCAUUGAGAAAGUUGAAACCUGGUAGGAACCAAAGUUUCUGUUGCAAGAAUAUUGAGAUUGCCAUGAAAGGAUAUUUGAAUACUCGUGUUCUUUUCAAGGAAAAGCAGUAAACAUGCUACAAACAGAAUCAAUUAGCACUUUGAGUGACCAUGAAGAUGAUAUUGACGAUUUGGAUGGCUCUAUCGUAUGGUCUCAGGAGGAGCCGCUUUCUUCCAAUGAAAUAUUGGAAUUAUCCGUACAAGACCAAGCAGAAAAUAACUCAACUGCUUUCUGUCGAUUGUGUGCUGGUCGAACCAGUAAUCCAGUAUAUAUUUAUUCAGAACUCGGGGAAUCAAUGAAGCUGGCGCACAAAAUAAGCACAUGCCUGAGUAUCAAGAUUAGAAAAACGGACCCGUUACCGAAGCAGCUCUGUUUGACUUGCGCCGACAAAGUAAACUGGUGCGACGAGUUCGACAGUCAGUGCAUCAGGGCGGAAGAGACCCUGUUGGCGAUGCUGCGAGAGAAACGAUCUUUCAGCGUUUCCAAUCGCGAGAAUCAAUCCGAUCGGCAGUCCUGUCCUUUGUGCACGCAGGGCUACAUGAACAUCUGCGAGGACACGCUUCAAGGCACGAAGGAUACGGAAUUGUACGAGAGCGACAUAAUUGUCGAAAGUAGCGACGAAGAGUGUCGAUUCAAUAGCGCGAGAGCCGACGAGGCGAGCGAGAACCGGGCGGUUCUGUUGCAAUUUCUAGGAAGUAAGCAGAGAUACUUGAAAUGCGGCGCAUGCAUGAAUCUCUAUCACACCAAGGAGACCCUGGACGGUCACAAGUGUAAGCCCAACGUGCUUACGAGCACCACGAGGCCGUACAAGUGUCUCGUGUGCGACGCUACGUUCACCUUCGAGGAACGGCUGAACUUUCACGCGCAGUUCCAUCGGGAGAACGCGAGAGCGCUCUACUGCGAGCAGUGCAGGAUGAACUUCGGCAAGGAGCUGAAGCUGUUCUACCACUACAAGAGGUAUCACUGCAAGGACCUCAGCGUCUCGUGCUUGCAGUGCGGCAAGCUGUUCGAGGAUCAGGAGACGCUGCGGGUGCACGUUUGCGCCGACGGCAAGAAUCGGCCGCACAUAUGCGAGGUAUGCAGCAAAGGCUUCUCCGACGGCUACACCCUGAAGCGUCAUAUAGUGACGCAUCUGCCGGAGAAGCCCUACAAGUGCUCGCAGUGCUCCAAGAGCUUCACGCAGAAGUCGAGGCUGAACAAGCACGUCGCCGGCCACUGUGUCAUCAUCGAGGGCAGCCAGACGGUGUGGAAGUGCUUGGAGUGCGGCGAGAGCUUCGCCACCUGCGACGACGCCGACCUUCACUGCCGGACCCAUCGGAACAGCGUCACCCUGAUCGAGGAGCUGCUCGCGUCGAAGCUCUAUCACUGCGAGUUCUGCGACAGCCACUUCACCGAGGUGGACAAUCUGAAGGCUCAUCAGAAUCGCCACGUAGUCGAGAGACCGUACAUCUGCAACGCCUGCGACACCACUUACAGGUCGUUCGCGGAAGCCAUCCUGCACUGGAAGGAACACCCGAGGCUGUUCAGGGUGCUCGUGGUCUUCCUCUGCGACGUCUGCAACAAAGACAUGAAGGAGCUCUCGCUGCUGUACAAGCACAGGCAGAAGAGGCACGACUGUACGUCGAGACUGUCCGAGUCCGGCGACGCCAAGUUCCUAUGCGAGCUCUGCGGCAACGUGUUCGACAGCAGCGAGGGGAUACAGGAGCACGGCCGGGACCAGUGUUCGAAAUUUCCCUGCGACAUCUGCGGCAAUCUGCUGCCCACCGCGAAUUCCCUCAACGCUCACAAGAGGCGGCACAACGGGCUGAGGCCGUACGUCUGCAACAUCUGCGGCAAAAGUUACACUCAGUCGAGCCACAUGUGGACCCACAAGAGGUUUCACAUGGGCGUGAAACCGUACGCCUGCCAGUACUGCGACCAACGUUUCACGAUCAAGCCGGACCUGGCGGAUCACACCAGGAAGAAGCACACGCGGGAGAGGCCGUUCAAGUGCGACGUCUGCCACAAGGCCUUCCUCACCGGCUCGGUUUUCUACCAGCACAGGCUGAUACACCGAGGCGAUCGCAGGUACAAGUGUCAUUACUGCGACAAGGCGUUCACCAGGACGGAGGCUCUGAACAAUCACAUCAAGAUCCACACCGGCGAGAAGCCGCACGCCUGCGACGUGUGCGGCAGGUGCUUCAGGCAGAAGGGAGACAUGAGGAAGCACAAGCGCACCCAGCACAGCUCGCAAGCCAACGGUCGGAUCAUCGCGACGUGACUCUUACCGGCGUUGAUCAUUCGUUGUAUUCGUUUAAGUAGGACGUAGUCACGUUUGUAUCAUUGGAUCAUUUGAAUAAUGAUGCGACGUAAGAACGUAAUAAUGUCCAAUCUCGGGGAAAAAUUUGAAAACCUGGAAUUUGUAUAUGGCUGGAAAAAUUCUCAAGAAAUUUUCGGUGGACAUUUGUCUGCGUAUUAUUAUGUUGGCAAAUAUUGUAUGGUUGAUUGAUUGAAUGUUAUUUUCCUUAUUAGGAAUCAUAGGCAAAAUAAUUCGGGAUUUCUCGAUUAAUUUUAAUUUGAAUUAAUAAGAAGAAGCGCUAUGUAAA